CCUCACUCCCCCUCGCCCUUCCGGAGACUCCCUCAGCGUCGCUGGGUAGCAACGAUGGACGCGGAGGUGCAACAGGCUCUACUCAAUUAUUACUGCCAAGAAGGGUACUUCCAGCAUGUCCGGGCUGCCGCGGAUGAGGCGCUGGGGCGGCUGGGCAGCGACCCGGUGUUCCUUUUCUACCGGGCGUAUGGCGUCUUGAGAGCAGGUGACAUCCAAGAGGGUAUUCGACAGUUGGAGUGUAUUAAAAACAGACAGGAGGUGUCACUGUGUACAAUGAUGGCUCUGAUUUAUGCCCAUAAAAAGUGCCCUAAUCCAGAUCGAGACACUAUUCUAGAGUUGGAUGCAAAAAUGAAGGAGCAACGCAAAACAGCAGGGCAGCAGGCUCUCUACUUUGCUGGCUUGUUCUUGUGGCAUCUUGGUCGUCAGGACAAAGCACGUGAAUAUGUUGACAGAAUGAUCAAAUUUUCUGGUGGUGGUAAAGAGGGGUUGAUUUUGAAAGCAUGGCUUGAUCUCACCUCUGGGAAGGAAACUCACGUCAAAAAAGCUGUGAAAUACUUUGAUGAAGCACUGCAGGAAGGCAAUGAUGUUUUUGCUCUGCUUGGUAAAGCACAGUAUCUUGAGGUCCGACAGACUUAUUCAGGAGCUCUGGAAAUUGUGAACCAGAUAAUUGCCAACUUUCCAAACUUUGUUCCUGCUUUCAUAAAGAAAAUGAAGUUACAACUAGCUUUGCAGGACUGGGAGCAAGCAGUUGAAACGGCACAUAGACUAUUGCAGAAAGAUGCCCUCAAUUUGGAAGCCAUAAGAAUGGAGGCCCUGCAUUAUCUGUGCAGAGAAGGAAAUAUAUCUGAGGCUUCAGCAAGACUGGGAGACCUAAUUAAAGCUUUGGACAGAUUAGAACCACGUAAUGCACAGCUCUUCUGUAAAAUGGCUUUAGCUUUCAGUAGAACAUGUGGCCGGAAUCAGCUCAUUCUUCAACACACACAAGCAUUAGUUGAAAGAGCGUUUGAUUUGGCAUCCGACAAUGCAGAAUUUGCCACUGAACUUGGCUACCAAAUGAUUUUGCAAGGAAAAGCGAAAGAAGCACUGAAGUGGUACAAGACUGCUAUGACACUUGAUGAAACAAAUGUUUUUGCGCUAACUGGAAUUAUCCGUUGUCAGCUAAUACAAGGGCAAUUAGAAGAUGCAGAGCAGCAGUUGGAGUUUCUUAAUGAAAUUCAACAAUCCAUUGGGAAAUCUGGGGAAUUAUCUUUCCUGUGUGCAGUACUAGCUAUGAAAAAACACAAGAGACAAGAAGAAGUUAUUGCUUUAUUGAAUGAUGUUCUGGAUACUCACUUUUCAUCUUUGCAUGGUUUUCCUCUUGGUGUGGAAUAUUUUGAAAAGCUAAAUCCUGAUUUCUUGCUAGAAAUCAUUAAGGAAUAUCUUAAUUUUUGCCCAGCACAGCCUGCAAAUCCUGGGCAGUCUCCUUCACCACUUCUCAAGCACUGUGCUUCUGUUCUUGAAACUGUGGUAAAAACCGUGCCUGGUCUUCAACGAGCUGUCUUUCUGCUUGCAAAAGUGAAAUACUUGUCAGGUGAUAUUGAAGCAGCCCAUGGUAAUCUACAGUACUGUCUUGAAAGGAAUCCUUCUUAUGCAGAUGCACACUUGCUAAUGGCCCAGGUGUAUUUGGCUCAAAACAAUACUAAGCUAUGUUCUCAAUCCUUGGAACUUUGUCUGAGCUACAAUUUUGAGGUGAGAGAACAUCCUGUUUAUCACUUAAUUAAGGCCCAAAUACAGAAGAAGAUGGGAGAACUAACAGAAGCUAUUAAGACCUUACAGAUAGCAAAGAAUUUGCCUGGAAUGAGAAAAUCUACAGCUUCCUCAAAAGCUAAAGGAAAAAUCAUUGAAAUUGAUGCAUGUGAUCGUGCGUCUGUCUUCCUAGAGUUAGUAGAAGCACAUCGUUUGAAUGGAGAACCGCAUGAAGCUACUAAAAUACUGCAAGAUGCCAUUAAUGAAUUUUCUGGAACUCCUGAGGAACUAAGAGUUGUGAUUGCAAAUGCAGAUCUGGCAAUUGCUCAAGGAGAUGUUGAACAAGCCUUGACUAUGCUCCGAAAUAUUACACCUGAACAGCCUUACUUUGUACAAGCUAAAGAAAAAAUGGCAGAUAUUUAUCUUCAGUACAGGAAAGAUAAGAAUUUAUAUGCUGGCUGCUAUAGAGACCUAGUAGAAAAACUGCCAAGUGCUCAUACUUUUCUUCUUCUUGGUGAUGCAUACAUGAAUAUUGAAGAACCUGAUGAAGCCAUAGAAGUCUACGAACAGGCCUUGAAGAAAAAUCCAAAAGAUCCAGCUUUAGCAAGUAAAAUUGGAAAAGCUUUGAUUAAAAUGCAUAACUAUGCAAAGGCAAUCAGUUACUAUGAGGCUGCAUUGCGAAGCAGUCAACAGAAUUUCCUUCGCUAUGAUUUGGCUGAGCUUUUAAUGAAACUGAAGCAGUAUGAAAAGGCAGAAAAAGUACUUCAGCAAGCUUUAGAUCAUGAGCCUGCUAAUGAAUUGUCUUCUCUGAUGGAAGAUGGACGUUACCAUGUGCUUCUGGCAAAAAUUUACAGCAAAAGGGAGAAGAUUGAUGAAGCUAUUUUUUCAUUACAACAGGCUCGGGAAUUACAAGCCCGAGUGCUCAAACGGGCUCAAAUAGAACAGCUGGAUGCAGUUCCUGCACAGAAACAGUUAGCAGCUGAAAUUUGUGCUGAGAUUGCAAAACAUUCUACAGCCCAGCGAAACUAUGACAAAGCAAUUAAAUUUUACAAAGAAGCUCUUGUUCACUGUGAAACGGAUAACAAGGCAAUGUUGGAACUUGCACGUUUAUAUCUUGCACAAGAUGAUACUGAUGCCUGUCAACAUCAGUGUUCCUUGCUACUGAAGAACGACCAGGAUAACGAAGCAGCAACAAUGAUGAUGGCUGAUCUCAUGUUCAGGAAGCAGGAUUAUGAACAAGCUGUCUUUCAUUUCCAGCAGCUCCUGGAACGCAAGCCAGAUAACUUUGCAACCCUCUCACGGCUAAUUGAUCUGUUACGAAGAGCUGGAAAACUGGAAGAAGUCCCAAGGUUUCUAGUAAUGGCUGAAAAGCAAUCUUCCAGAUCAAAGCUUGAACCAGGAUUUCACUACUGCAAAGGACUGUAUCUUUGGUACACAGGUGAACCAAAUGAUGCACUCCGACAUUUUAAUAAGGCUCGAAAGGACAAUGACUGGGGACAGAAUGCAGUCUACAACAUGAUAGAAAUUUGUUUGAACCCAGAUAAUGAAACUAUAGGUGGUGAAGUUUUUGAAAAUCUGGAUGCUGACAUAGGCAGGAAUUCCACAGAGAAGCAGGAGUCUGUACAACUGGCUGUAAGAACAGCAGAAAAUCUUCUGAAGGAACUCAAGCCUCAGACCAUUCAAGGUCACGUUCAGCUACGAAUCAUGGAAAAUUACUGUCUCAUGGCAACCAAACAAAAAUCAAACGUUGAACGAGCACUGAACACUUUUACUGAAAUAGUGGUGGCUGAGAAGGAUCAUGUACCAGCUCUUUUGGGAAUGGCCACAGCCUACAUGAUCUUGAAACAGACUCCAAGAGCCAGAAAUCAGUUAAAACGAAUUUCAAAAAUGAGCUGGAAUCCCAUUGAUGCAGAGGAGUUUGAAAAGAGUUGGCUUCUGCUUGCAGAUAUAUAUAUUCAGUCUGCAAAAUAUGAUUUGGCAGGUGAAUUAUUAAAAAGAUGCCUUCGUCAUAACAGGUCGUGCUGCAAGGCUUAUGAAUACAUGGGAUACAUAAUGGAAAAGGAACAAGCGUAUAAGGAUGCAGCAAUAAAUUACGAGAUGGCAUGGAAAUAUGGAAACCAAACAAACCCAACAAUAGGAUACAAGCUGGCUUUCAACUACCUGAAAGGGAAGAGAUACGUUGAUGCAAUUGAUGUUUGUCAUAAGACACAGAACCUAUGGCUUGUUUUGUCUUUUGACAGAUCCUUGAAGCACAUCCAAACUAUCCCAAGAUCAGAAAGGAGAUACUUGACAAGGCUCGUGCAUCACUAAGAACAUGAAUUCAUUUUUUAUGUGGUUUAUGAACUUGUUUGUUUAAUCUGACUUCAGAAACUAUGAAUGAAAUACUGCAGUGACAGAAACCACAUCAGCACAGAGUAUUGUAAAUAUGAUAAACUUAAUUAUACUAGAGAUCUGGAUUAUUUUCAAGAAAAAUCUACAGCCCUGAAAGAAAUUAUAUUUGUUCUCGUUCAGGAGAGACUAUUGCUUACAUGUAUACCAUGUAAAAUGACAUCCAACAUUAUACAUAUAUCAACAUUAUAAAAAUAUUUCAAAGCACAAAAUUCCAUAUUUUGUUUUAUUCAUUUGAAAUAGCACUCAAAACAACUGCCUGUCCUACUUGGUGCAAGAGCAUCAAGUUCAGUUUAUGUGAACCAUUUCUUCAUAGUUAGUGUAAUCUUUAUUACUACUAUUUCUAAAGUAUGUGGGUUUAUUUUUACAUAUAUUAUAAG